UAGGCAUGCAUACUGCUUCUACAAACAUUUGUAAAAGAAUGGGUCGCUCUCAGGAGCUCAGUGAAUUCAAGCAUGGUACCGUGAUAGGUUUCCACAUGUGCAAUAAGUCCAUCUGUGAAAUUUCCUUGCUACUAAAUAUUCCACGGUCAACUGUCAGUGGUAUUAUAACAAAGUGGAAGCAACUGGGAACUACAGCAGAACGGCAUGCCGCCAUUUGACUCUAGAGCAGUGGAGACAUGUUCUCUGGAGUGACAAAUCACACUUCUCUGUCUGGUAAUGAGAGAGAGAAGGUUGCGCCCUACAGUUG